UGUAAAUGGAGUAUAAAAUAGUAUUUAAAGCAAAGUUUAAAGAAUAAGAUAAAAAGAAAUCCAAAGUCAACUAACAACUGCUUGGUGAACGCGCAAUUAAAUAUGUAAUGGUAGGACAGAAUCAAGUCCUUGCCUCCCAAGCUUCUUUUCUUCCUUCGUUUUCUAUUUUAACUCCAAACCUUCCUUCUUCUUCCCUUCAAACCUCUCUCUUAUCCUUUCUUCUUCUCCCCUAGCUCAAUUUCAUCACUCCAGAAUGAAGAGGGAAGGUCGCCAACAUGGCAUGGUAAGAACCUACCGGAUCAUCCCUUCCCCAUGGAACCCCAGACCUGAAACUCGAUUUGUUAACGAGCUUGAUUUCCCCCCUACUGCUGGCCUUUUCACUAAGGUCUCAUCCAAGCCCACCAACCACUCCAAGUUCACCGGAAAGUGCAGCAAGCCUCGAUGCUCUGGCUGCAGGCUACACCCGGUUCAAAAGGCCAAGGAUAAAACCAAGGGAUCUCAUAAGUUCAAGUUGCACCAACUCCUCAUUGACUUAUCAAUGGAUGACUACGAUGAAUGCCCGAGCAUCAUUGAUGAUGAUGGUGACGAUCAGUCACUGGAAGAAAUUGAUGUUAAGUUGAGGGUUGGAGAUAUUCAUCGCCACGUCGAUGGUGACUAUCAGCUGCAGAAAGUAACAGAUUUUGAAUCAAGGAUUGAUGAAGGUAAUCAUCAUCAUGUGAAUGAUGAAGAUGAAAGGAGUUACUACAGAGUGGAAUUCGUCAUGGACGAAGCAGUGGAGGGUGAUGACAGUUGGUGUUUGGUAGAAGAAAGACCAGCAAUCUAAUUGACAAUGAGGCAGUUGGAAAGUAACAGGCCAGCUUGCAUCCAUAGCUGUGUAACUUCUCUGCCUCAAAACUUUUAUCAAUGUGGAUAUGAAUAAUGGUUUCAAUCUCUAUUCAAACUUUACAAAGUGGGUUCUCACUGUAAAUCCAGGAUUAGAGGGAAACACUUGGAAUAACUAACUCUGUUCUUUGUAUAUCCUUUUCAUUCAAUCUUUCACUGUUUUCUAUUUCCCCAAUUUCAGAUUCUACACACUUUGUUGAA